AUGGCUUCCCGACGAAAAGUCGCCCGCUCUGACGCAUCAUCUAUCGCGAGACGUGCCCAAGUCGCUCUUCUGUUCCUCGAUGCCGCAGAUCUUGAAUCAGCUGCAGACUCAGUCGCUCUCAAAAGAUCUCUCAGUUUGACCUCAGUUAUAUCAACUCGGUCCUCUUUCGCCCGCCGCUUUCAGAGUGCGCGUUUUCGACCCCAUCUUCAGCUAGUGAACCAAAUCGGCAGUGGCCUCCAAGGUGCCGUCUUUGAAAUCGUUGGAAAGACCUAUGUCCUCAAGAAAGAAAGUCCAGGAAACGAAUUACGACCAUCGAAUCUCCAGUCCGAGUACAAGAUGCAUUGUGAUGUUUCUGCGGCUUUUGAACUUCACCAAACCUCGACUCAGAGCAUCGUCCAUGUUCCCAAACCCCAUGAUUUCAUCCUCAAAACUCAAGAUGAAGCUUUCUGGACUAAAAUAUUACCCAAAAUCCCCCAGGACUACUGCACUCGUGGGAAUGUUGUCACAAUGGAACGGAUCCUGCCGUUACCAAAGGUUGUACGGAAAGCGAUAAUCACCUUUUUCUGUGGUCGUUCCUGGAAUCUCAACGACACCGAAGUCGAGUAUCUUCUCAACAACCCCCAAAACAAACAUUGUCUUGCCCGAGUUUAUUUGGGUAAAGUCAAUGGUUCAAUCCGGCGAGAGAAUCCAGCCCCGUUGCGAAACUUCCCGCUCUAUCUCGACUGGAUGGAGGAACUGGGCAUCGAUACCGUUAUGCUUUCUCAGGAAAUGGGUAAGGCGUAUGCAACUUUGCACUGGGGUGCUGCCAUAAAUGGCGACGAUGUGGAGUUUGUACUUGGAACAUCGGCGACAAGGAAUUAUGGAACGCUCAUUGAGUCUCCAGACCUUCAUCACCGUACCAUCGGACUCUAUCUUCUCGACUUUGGUCAAUGUGAAGAGGUUGACUUAAAGCAGGAUUGUGAUACCGUGUACCAAGCAUUAAAAGGCGCUAUGGUAUUGGGUGAUAAUCAACUGUUCGUUCCACGUGCAUCCACUAGCCCGCCAUUGUUCGAAGCUUUCAAGAAAGGAUACAUCGAUGCUGGCACUGCCAUACUAUCUGCCAGGAAACUUAAUAAAAAGUUCAACCUGGUCGAUUUUAUGAAGUAA